AUGAGUCUCCAGACCCGACCCAGACUCUUGAACCUGGCAGCAGUGAGCCUGCUGAGGGAUGAGGCCUCAGCCAUCACUGCUCUGGAGUAUCUGCCCAUCGAACUCUUCCCCACACUCUUCAUGGAAGCCUUCCGUGGGAGUCGAAGUGAGACCCUGAAGGCCAUGGUGUGUGCCUGGCCCUUUGUCCGUCUGCCUCUGGGGGGCCUGAUGCAAAAGCCUCACAUGGGGACCUUACAAGCAGUUCUGGAUGGUCUUGAUAUCCUGCUUGCCCAGAAAAAACAUUCCAAGAGGUGCAAACUGCGGGUGCUGGAUUUAAGGAAUACUGGCCAGGACUUCUGGAAAAUGUGGUCUGGAUCAAGUGUCCAUGUAUCCUCAAGCUCAUCAAUGACACCAGUGGCUGAGGUCAGGUCAAGGACAGAGCAGCCCUUGGCUCCUUUAGAGGUGUUCAUAGAACUGCACUUCAAGGAAAGUACCACAGAUGACUUCAUCUACCUCAUGAGGUGGGUGGAGCAGAGAAAAACCUCCAUACACCUGUGCUCUACUAAGCUGAAGAUCACUUCAAUAUCCUUAGAAAAUAUUAUGCAGGUCCUGGGUAUAGUGCAACUGGACUAUAUUCAGGAAGUGGAAGUGAAUUGCAUUUGGCAUCUGUCCACUCUAGCCAUGUUUGCUCCUUUCUUGGGCCAAAUGAGUAAUAUACAGAGACUCCAUCUCUCCCACAUCCAUGGGCUAGCAUUUGAAGAGGAGGAAGAGUAUUACCAUGUUGUCCAAAUUACCUCUCAGUUCCGCAAGUUGUACCACCUCCGGGAUCUGUAUUUGGAGACUCCCUCCUUCCUUGAAGGCUGCCUGAUCCAGAUGCUCAGGUGA